UGGAGUCGCUUUACGGCAGAGCGUGUUUCUGGAGGUCAGGGGCAAAAAAACGCGAACUCGAGUCCGGUAAUCUGACACGAAAAACGGGUGUUUUUACCCAGAAAACUCCCUCAAAGACUCAUUAUACGCAUUCACAGGACAACAUCUGUUGGUUGGCGGUGACUCCAGCUGCUCGUCGUUCAUCAGUUUGUCUUAUAUUUUGAGUAUUACGACAUAGCUAGCGGCGUGCUAACGUUGUAGCCAGCUUCGGCUUUCAGCUCACCUCCUUCCCGGCUCCAGUACUCGACAGGUGAACACACCUUUCGGAUCUUUCACGGCCAUGGACAACUCACAAGGAUCCGGAGGAGCCAAAGCCGGUCUCGGGGGUCUCUUUGGAGGCGGUGCACCGGAAUACUCCAACACUGAGCUCGCCGGUGUUCCCCUGACUGGGAUGAGUCCUCUGUCCCCUUACCUCAAUGUCGACCCUCGUUACCUGGUGCAGGACACAGAUGAGUUCAUCCUCCCCACAGGUGCCAAUAAAACGAGAGGGAGAUUUGAACUGGCUUUCUUUACCAUUGGAGGAUCCUGUAUGACUGGAGCAGCAUUUGGAACUGUAAAUGGUCUCAGGAUGGGCCUGAAGGAGACUAGAGACAUGGCAUGGUCCAAACCUCGUAAUGUACAGAUCAUCAACAUGGUGACCAGACAGGGUGCUUCAUGGGCCAACACUCUGGGCUCUGUCGCCUUGUUAUAUAGUGUUUUUGGUGUGGCGAUAGAGAAGGCCAGAGGAGCAGAAGAUGACGUCAACACAGUGGCUGCUGGGACGCUAACUGGGAUGCUCUUUAAAUCAGGCAGUGGCAUAAAGGCCGUAGCGCGAGGAGGUCUGGUUGGUUUAGCCUUGUCUGGGGCCUACGCUCUCUACAACAACUGGGACCACAUCACCGGCUCCUCCUCGUCAUCCUCUAGGCUGUACUAAUGUCUCCCACACACAUCUGCUUCCACAUUGGGGCCAAAUAUCUCUCCUGGGCACAGCCUUUAACCACAGCACUAAGAGGAAUUAGACUCUGGUCAAAUGCAGUGUGCUUCUGUCCCAGUUCGCUGGGUCAACCCCCCCACCCCCCCUCCAUAGCCACUUUCCUUUCCAGGAGCAUUCUGGGAAUUUAAAGAUGUGUUUGAAAAAGAAGAUGUGAAAAUGCGGACUAAAUUUCACUAGGAAUCCAGAUGUUGACCGUCCUUUAACACCCGUCUCUUCGUAUGUCUUUAUCUUCUGAGGUAUUCCUUUCACUGAUCUGAUCAGUGGUGAGACGACCCUGCGAGGAUGUUAUUAUAUAGAGGUGUGUUAUAUGAUUGUUUAAAGGAGAUUAUUAUUAGUCUUCAUUGAUGCUAGUUUUGAAACCAAUGAAUCCAUGAAAUUUGGGUUAAAUGCGCCAAUUUAUAAGGUGACAUCUGGUGUGUGUGUGUGGCUCACCAGAUGAACAGCAGUGGAUUUCAGAUUUUGGACUAAAAGACUUUUCUGUUGUAGAAGAGCGAAGAGAUUUUCAUGUACGAUCUACAAACACAGAACUAAGCCUUACGAUCAGUUCUACUCUUGUAUUUAUUGAAUCCUACCUGCAGUGCUUUCUGUCUUACUGUGCAAAAAGAAAUCACUGUAAAGCUGUACUGGAAGUGCGUGCUGUUAAUGUGUCUCCAUCAAACCAGAUAUAAAAAACUAUAAUAAAAAAAUGGGAAAUAUUGA